AUGACUUUGAAUAACGUUGCAAGACCAGACCUAUGUGUUUCAUACAAGAAAAUCGCAGCACCAAAAGGGCUGUACUCUGCCACGCCAAGCAUAUCCGGCGUUGUGAACCAAUCUAUGCCCAUGGCCGCUAUUUUCUUGAGAAACAAGUUCAUCGCCUGGUUUUCCCUGAUCCAAAGCGUGCACUAUUACCUGAACACCGACGAAGACAUCGUGGCCGCUCAAAAGGAAGACAAGACAGCUUCCCCCAUGGACCAGCCUCCUGUGAUCAAGCUAUUCAUGAGUUUGAUCGGACUGUGCGUUUGCUACAUGAACUUGGCUUUUCCUCAACAAAUAGCCCCACCAUCGUCUAAAACCAAGACGGUAGUUGAACCAGCCGCCGAAGUUGAGACUGAAGCCGCCAAAUAG